AUGUCAACAUAUUCAACAGCCUCAAAGUCUCCAUCUGCCACGAGCAGCAAUAUGGGAACUAAGUCGACAACAUCAAGUACGGUGCCAAUAAUGAAGUUGCAGAACGUCAAAAGAAAGCAAGCUCGCUACAAUUUCAGAGAUUUCCAGAACUUUAUGAAGAAUUUGGCUGAAUACGCUCCUGAAUAUGGCGACUAUGACAAGGCAAUCCAGGAACGAGAUGAAGCUCGCCAGGAGCUAGAGGUCAAGAAAAAAGAGCUCACCAAAAAAGAAAGAGAGAUCCACUAUCUCAACAGAGCAAAGAAUGACGAUCGAAACGAUUUUAUAACCAGAAACAAGGAAUUGGAGACAGAAAAGGCAAACGCGGAGCGAAAAGCCGAAGAGGAGCGGGUACAGAUGCUCAAAAGCCACGAGUCCAGCUCCGCCAAAAGUCGUGCCGAGCUGAACAAAUACAAGUCUCUAGCAAAUCGUGCAGGGGAAGAGGCUCAAUUUAUCAAGAAAAAGAUGGACGUCGUUUAUCAGGAGCUGAUACAGUGGGAAAAGCACGUGUCUGUUCUCCGGCCACUUAAAGGGAAACAUGAUGCGUGGGAUAAUGGUGUUCGACGCCUUAACCUACCUUUUGGAUUUUCCCCGGACAACACAGAAUCGGCAAAGAAAGCGCGGGUAGCAGUCGCUAUGCAUGUAUUCUCAUCUGAGCUCGUGGGCAGCAUUUUCAAAUCGUGCUACGUUCCCAAGUCCGAGGAGCAAAACAGAUUUUUGCAAGGAAUUGUGGACAAGCAUCUCUCCUCAAAUCCAAGGUCCGGAAAACUACUCCAUGCUUUGCUUCUUUCAACGUAUUCGUCAGCAGAACUCAGCAACACCCUUCGCCUGCGGACGUUGACUGCAAAAAAUAAUGUCGUCGAAAAGCUAGGCUUCAUAUGCGAGGAUGGCGGCGUCAAAUUCGGCAGCGUGAUUGAGAGCUUGUGCACAGAGGCCGCAAAGCUAUGGGAGGACAUUCAGUAUUCUGGUCACGAAAUCGAAAUUGUCGACAUCUACGAGGAAGAUUGGCAGUGGGACGAGCUGAUUGAAUUCGGAGAAUUCCCCAAACAUGCACCGCCGCAGGCGCCGGUGAUGCUUUUCCCGGGUUUCUCUGCCCCAACAGGGGCCCGUACAGAGUUGUACAAGGGCUAUGUUCUAUGGGCGGAUCAACAACAUAUCGUGAAUGCCGACUCGGAAUGGAUAAAUUUCAAGAAGAUGAUGAAGCACGGGAGGAUUCGUCGACCGCAGAAUCCAAGGCCUAGACGAUGUUCCAUAAAAACCGAAAGUCCUGGAUAUUCCCCUUCCUCUCCGGUUGCUAGCCCAAAGGAAUAUAGGGCACAACAAGCUUACAUGGACAGCAAGGGUCCUGUUGUCCAUGACAUGGUGUCGAAAAUUCAGGGGUCAAGUCAGGAAGGAACGUCAGCUAGCGUUUUGAUGGUUUAG